GCCAGAUAAGCUGUUAAACCAACCCUUCUGGAGCCAAUUAACGUUACGAGGCCAGCAACCUGUCCUUCCAAAGGCUGGGUCCACCUGCGUAGCCAGAGCUGUACCUACUUAAGGAAAACAGGCAAUGUCGUGCUGCAUUUCCCCCAGCUCCAGGAGCCGCAUGGUGCAAAGCACACACAGAUCAUCCUCCAUUUGCUCACGUGCAACUGAACCACUGAAGGGCUCAUAGAUCCAUCAGCUUGCUGCUUCGUGCUGAGUCUGGUUUGGGUGAGGAUCUUUAUAUCCGCAAGAUAACUGCGUGUUACCGUUCUACGUCUGUUUACUGACAGAGCGACUGCAUGCCAGGAUGGCAACUUCAAACCUGGAGAACCAGCUACACAGUGCCCAGAAGAAUCUACUCUUUCUCCAGCGGGAGCACGCCAACACACUGAAAGGCCUGCACGCUGAGAUUCGACGCCUGCAGCAGCACUGCACAGAUUUAACCUAUGAGCUGACUGUAAAGACUUCAGACUUCUCAGAAAAUGGUAGUUCACGAAGUGAUGAACUCAAAAGAAAGUGUGAGGAUCUUGAAGCUCAACUGAAAAGCAAAGAGGCUGAAAACAAUGAAUUAUUGAAAGAACUGGAGCAAAAGAAUGCAAUGAUAAUGGUGCUGGAAAACACUAUUAAAGAAAGAGAAAAGAAGUAUUUGGAAGAGUUAAAAAUGAAAAGCCAUAAGCUCAAUAUGCUGUCAAGUGAACUGGAGCAGAGAGCAAGCACUAUUGCUUAUUUAACUUCUCAACUGCACGCUACUAAGAAGAAGCUGCUGAGUUCCAGUGGGACUUCAGAGGGGACCCCUUCUGGCAGUCCAGUGUUGUCCAACUAUAAGCCAGCCCCUCCCAAAGAUAAACUGCCUGAGACUCCACGACGCAGAAUGAAGAAGAGCCUGUCAACACCACUCAACCCUGAGUUUGAAGAGGCCUACAGAAUAGGAUCGGAUAGCCGGAAGCUGCUGUUAAGAGAGCCUGUGGAUGCCAUGCCUGAUCCCACUCCGUUUUUGUUGGCCAGAGAAACGGCAGAGGUGCACCUUAUCAAGGAGAGGCCGUUGGUUAUUCCACCGAUUGCUUCAGAUCGAGCAUCCAGUGAAUCACACAGUCCGGCCCGAGAGAAGCCACACAAGGCACACAUUGGGGUGGCGCAUCGCAUCCACCACGUCGCGCCGUCCCAGCCUCAGCCGGAGGUUGAAACGCUGGCAGUGGAUCAGGUCAACGGAAGCAAAGUGGUCAGAAAGCACUCAGGGACAGACAGAACUGUUUAAGUAAAAUCACUUGCUCUAUUCUGUUGCUGUUUAUGCACUGUGAUCCUAUAGGAUAAAUAGCACCUGCAGUAAAGUUUCUUUUGAUGCCCCAUGCAUGCCAAACUUCUUCCAGAUACAUCAUUAAUAGAUUAUUCUCCUCUAAUGAACCCUAAUAGGACUGUGUUCAUAUGGCAAGGCAUAUAACUACUAAAUGCUGUGGCCAAAUCAGGGGUACCUGACUGCUUGCUUCUGAGCACUGCUCCAUUUAUGGUAACUACACAUGUGGACAAAGGCACAGGCUGCAGGCUGUGUUAUUAAUGUUACUGAAAACAAACUUAGCUCUAAACCUGCAGCAAUAGGUAUUGGCUGU